AUGCUUCCAACUCCCGAUACAUCACAUGUGCCGUAUGAGAGGGUCUACGAGCCUGCAGAGGACUCAUUCCUGCUAUUGGAUACCCUCUCAUCCGAUACUGAGAAGGAGUUCCUGCAGAGUAGAUUUGCCAACCGUGUGCCUUUGGUCCUCGAGAUUGGCACCGGCUCAGGUGUCGUCAUCUCCUUUGCGAACGCACAUGCACAGACUAUCUUUGGGAAGAGAAGCGUUCUCACAGCCGGGGUUGACAUGAAUGCCUUCGCCAGUCGAGCUACGGUCCAAACAGCAAGGAAGGCGGAGCAGGACAACCCGGCAGAUCACGGCAUGUACUUGGGCUCAUGCAUGGGAGAUCUCACUGCACCUUGGAGGGGCCAGGAGAUUGACGUCCUGAUCUUCAAUCCUCCCUACGUACCGACAUCAGAGAUGCCUGCAAGGCCGAAGGACUUUACGGAGGUUCCUACGCCGGACCAGAAACCCUCGUUCGAUCAUGAUUCCUAUCUGCUUGCUCUAUCUUAUGCCGGCGGAAAGGAUGGUAUGGAGACGACGGAUCGAUUAAUCGAGUCCCUGCCUGAAAUCUUAUCCCCCCAAGGCUGCGCCUAUAUCCUCUUCUGCGCCCAAAACCGCCCGGACGAGGCGAGGCAGCGGAUUGAGGCUCUGGGGACGGAGUGGAGAGCCUUAAUGGCGAGAUCAAGCGGAAAGACAGCUGGCCGGGAGAAGUUGCAGGUCCUGCGAAUAUGGCGGGAGAUUGGUAA